AUGACAACAGCUUCCGCCAGAGAUAAUGCCCUGAAGCAGUUCCGCCGCAUCGGGAUAGUUGGCGCUGGGAAUAUGGGCACUCAGAUGGCCCUCGCUUUCUCAGAAAUGGGGUUCAAAGUUUCUGUUUGGGAUGUCAAUGAGCAGAAUGUCAACGAGCUACAGAACUGGUCGCAAAAUAGUAAGACUGAAGGUGAAAUCACAGGAUUUCGUGACAUCAAUGAAUUUGUGAAAAGCUUGGAGGAGCAAAAACCGAAACUGUUCCUCUUUUCUAUUUCGCACGGUGACCCGGCAGAGUCUGUGUUGGGUAUGAUCAAGAGCAACCUCAAUGAUGGAGAUAUCAUCCUUGAUGGAGGUAAUGAAGAUUAUCGACGUACACAGAAAAGACAGGAAGAAUGCGAAAAGAUUGGCGUUCACUGGAUCGGCAUGGGAGUUUCAGGCGGCUACCAGGCAGCUCGUCGCGGUCCAAGUCUGUCUCCAGGCGGUGAUGCGAAAGCAUUGGAGACAGUGAUGCCAUGUCUCGAGCUAUAUGCAGCGAAAGACCCCAAAGGCAAUCCAUGCGUGGCUCGAAUUGGUCCUGGUGGCUCGGGCCACUACGUGAAGAUGGUUCACAAUGGGAUUGAAGGAGGCAUGUUAUCAACCUUGGCUGAGGCGUGGUCUUUCCUCCACUACGGCUUGGAACUCGACUACGACACUAUCGCAGAUAUAUUCAGCCAGUGGAAUGGAGAUGGUAACUUGCGAGGUACCUACCUGCUCGAUAUAGCGGUCGACAUGCUACGCGCCAAAACACCUUCUGGUGGGCAAGACGGGGAGAAUGACAAAAAUGACAAGAAAGAGCAUUAUGUGCUUGACGAAGUGCUUGAUAAAGUUGUGCAGGAUGACGAUGAUACGGAAGGUACACCGUAUUGGAACAUCAUGGAGUCGGCACUUCGGCAUAUAUCGACACCUACACUUGCCACAGCACACUACUUGCGCAUUGCGAGCGGAAACAGAGCGGAAAGGCUAUUAGCAGCCAAGAAACUUAAACUUCCGGGGCCCAAGCCUAUCCAAGGGAUUAAAGAUAAAGGCACUAUUAUCGAGCACUUGCACCAAACCGUAUAUUGCUGUUUUCUAGCCUCGUUCUGCCAGGGCCUGGAAAUGAUUACACGGGCUUCCGAUGACGAGGGUUGGGGCAUUGACCUGCGCCAAUGCCUUCGAGUUUGGCGCGGAGGCUGUAUCAUCCAAACCGAUGGUAUAUCCGAGCUAUUAGAGCCUGUGUUAUCGACAGAUCAUCACUGGACAAACCUGAAGCAUGCCGAUGAAGUCGCGGGAGAGCUGCACCGCACUUUCAGCUCUCUGAAAGAGAUUGCGGUACAGGGCAUCUUGUCUGACCAAUAUCUUCCUGCAAUCUCUGCUUCUCUCGAGUAUCUGAAAUACGUGAGUGGCACAUCGCUUCCAACCAAAUUCAUGGAAGGGCAAAUGGAUUUCUUUGGUGCCCACGGAUAUAAUAAGCCCAAUGUACCUGGUGAAGAUCCAGGGCCUGUUGGGAAAGGACCCCAUCACUACGAGUGGCGGCCAGCGAAGGAAUGA